AUGAAUUAUCAAACAUUUGAUCAAGUAAAGAAACCAACAGUUGUCAUUUUAAAGGAACCAGAAGACGACGACUCGAUAAACAUAAUCGCUGAGCAAAUUCCUCAUAUUAAAACAUCAAAAUCACGAUCACGUCCUGGAAGUCGUCAAGAUACAUUUCGAGCCAUUCUUAAUGACAUUAUUUGGAUUAUUUCACUCACAAAUACUUCUCCAACAUUACCUUCAUGGUCUAGAAACUCAGAAACUCAUGAUACAGCUGGAAGUGUUGGCUCGGACUGA